AUGGUUGAUGAGUCACGAGAUGAGUUAAAGAAAGAGCAAAUGGCCAUAGUUGUGAGAUUUGUUGAUGAAGAAGGGAUGAUACAAGAAAGGUUCUUGGAUUUGGUUCAUGUUAGGGAUACUUUAUCAGCAACCCUAAAAACAAGUUUGUGGAAACAACUUUUGCAUUAUCAGUUUGAUGUUAGUAAAAUUCGUGGGCAAGGUUAUGACGGUGCUAGCAAUAUGAGAGGGAAAUGGAACGGAUUACAAGCACUUGUUCUUGAAGAAUGUCCUUAUGUGUAUUAUAUUCAUUGCUUUGCUCAUAGGUUACAACUUGCCUUGGUUUGUGCUUCAAGGGAAGUUAUUCCAGUACACAAAUUCUUUACAUACUUAGUUGACAUAGUUAAUGUGGUUUGUACUUCUAGUAAGCGACAUGAUGAAUUACAAAAGGCAAAGGCAAGUGAGGUUGAAAAGUUAUUGGAACUGGGUGAAAUCAAUUCGGGGAAAGGACAGAAUCAACUUGGGACAUUAAGAAGAGCUGGUGAUACUCGUUGGGGGUCUCACUAUAACUUCGUUUGUAGUUUGAUUAAGAUGUUUGAUGCCACUCGUGUUGUUCUCGCAGGAAUAAUUGAUGACGUAGCUCAUACUACUUUUGCUCAACGUGGAGAUGCUGAAGGAGCUUGGCGUAACAUGCAAUCAUUUGAGUUUGUCUUUAUUCUUCACUUGAUAGAGAAAGUAAUGGGAAAAACCGAAAUACUUUCUCAAGCAUUACAAAGGAAAUCCCAAGAAAUUCUGAAUGCCAUGGAAUUAGUUUCGGCAACAAAGAUUACUCUAAAUAAUUACAGAAACGAUGGAUGGGAUUCUUUAAUUAAAGAAGUUACUUUGUUUUGUAACAAACAUUUAAUAGAAGUUCCGGAUAUGAAAGCUCCAUUUACAUCUACUCGGUAUCGGGCUCGUAAAAACGAUCUUCAAUUUACAUUUGAACAUUAUUACCGAGUAGAUCUGUUUACAUCCACAUUGGAUAAACAAAUACAUGAGUUAAAUAGUAGAUUCAAUGAGCGCACGAUUGAGUUGUUAUCUCUUAGUUCUAGUCUAGUUUCAAAAGUGAUUAACGUUGAUCAGAUUUGUCUUCUAGUUGAGAAGUUUUAUCCUAAAGAUUUUACGGACCAAGAGAUCACUGGGUUACGAAGACAGUUAGAGCUUUUUAAUGUUGAAUUAUCAAAGAAUAUCAGGCUAAGUAGUGUAUCAACUCUUUCUGAUCUAUGCAAAACUAUUGUGAAAACUAACAAACGAGAGGAGUACGCUUUGGUUGAUAGAGUGGUUCGGCUAAUCUUGACACUUCCAGUUUCAACUGCAACAACAGAGUUGGGAUUUUCAGCAAUGAAAAUAUUCAAGAAUCGCCUUUGCAAUAAAAUGGCAGAUGAAUAUCUCACAAAUAGCUUGGUGAUUUACAUAGAAAAAGAAAUUGAUGAUAAGUUUGAUUCAGAAGACAUAAUUGAUGAAUUCAAAAAUCUUAAAGGUCGUCGGGCUGAGUUGUUAUUCUUCAUCCAGAACGGGUUGUUUGAAUGA